AUGGCUUCGCCAGAGCAGGAAGCAGGAGUUGGAAACACUUUCUCAACCAGUUUCUACAACAAACAACACUACCUUUGGGUUAUCGUCGCAACCAAAUCCCCUCCCGGCCACUACUUCGGCAACUCCUCCGGCAGCCCCUCCAGCAACUGCUCCGCCGCCGCCUUCAGUGCCCGUAUACAGCCUCCGGGCCGCGUAUAG